AUGUUGGAAAAACAAGAUCAAGCCGAAGAUGCCAUGAAGGACGAAGAAAAACAUAACACCAAUUCUCCAGCCUGUAAUUUUACAAAGGAAGAAUUGCAUUUAUUACAGGAAAUCAAUCAACUUCAGCUGAAUGAUUUGUCAAAUAUACCACAGUAUAAUUUGGAUCCUCUUGUAUUCCGUACACUGUUGAAUAGAGAAAGUGCAACACAAGCUAUUUCAGAUUUAGGUAGAAAACAAUAUGAUGCUUUUCAACAAGGAAUUAUUAGCACAAAAUUACAUGAGCGGUUGAAUAUUGAGCAAUCUAUACCCAUUCCUCUUGUACUGGCUUUUGAUGAAUAUCAGUACCUCAUAAGACAUCAGUUUAACCUAAAUACAGACUUGCAACAUAAAAUUAGGAGGUAUAUGAGAAAUUAUCAGAAAAAGCAUAGAUUGAUUUUAUUUCCAACAUUAUCAGGAACAUUAUUGGACUCUGACAUCAACUUCACAUCAAUAAUGCUUUCAUUGCCAUCCUUGCGACCAGAGGAUAUUGAGAUCAUUUUAAAAGAGGAAGGGUUGGAGGAUUUGUUUACACCCAAAUACAAGAUAGUCUGGAGUAUAAUUGGCCUUGUGCCAAGGCAUUUAGAAUGGGCAGUUUGGAAAGCCAAAAGUAUGAAGGACAACACAACCAUGCCAUUAGAAACAAAAAUAAGCUCCAUUUACGCGAAAAUUGCAGCAGAGGUGUAUCAUAUAUAUCAACCAGAACACGAAUAUUACGCUUAUCAAUAUCUAUCCAUACUUACUCUUUCAGGAUUUCCAUAUAGCACUCACAAAGCUCUCAAAUAUGAAAAUAAGGUUGAAGAAUUAUCUAGCCAAGGCAGAAUUUACAAAGCUAAUGACCAUAUUGGAAUACCAUUUCUUGCUAUUGACAAACUUUCAGAAUCAAUUAAGGAAAUUCCAAAAAGCAUUCAACGACUUUGUUAA